CAACCCAUUUCCCCUUCAAAUCCUUCCUCCUCUCAUCUGUCUGCAAGACUGCAACUCCAAACCAAUAGAUCAAAAUUCUUUCAUUUGGAUCCAUUAAUCAAUCUCUACCCUGAUCUGUAAUCUUCUGUAUUAUUUAUAGUUCUUAGCCAUGAAUAGUAAUCCAGCUACGCCGAUGAACGCAAACGCUCCGUCGUCAAGCUCCGGUGGCGCUGGAUCCCCUGAUUCAACUGCUCCAAGGAGAAAUUCGAAACGACCUAAAUAUUCUAGGUUUACACAGCAGGAGCUUCCAGCAUGUAAGCCAAUUCUUACUCCAAAAUGGGUGAUUUCAGCUUUCAUGCUUGUAACCAUUGUCUUCAUACCAAUAGGACUUGCUUCCCUCUUUGCUUCUCGUGAUGUAGUUGAAAUCAUUGACCGAACCUUGACAGUCACAAAGCGUAUGAAGCAGCCUAUAUACGUCUACUAUCAACUGGACAAUUACUACCAGAAUCAUAGGAGGUAUGUGAAGAGCCGAAGUGAUCAGCAAUUAAGAAACCGUGGUGAUGAAAAUGACACAAGUUCAUGUAAGCCUGAACAUAAUGCAAAUGGGAUGCCAAUUGUGCCAUGUGGGCUUGUAGCAUGGAGUUUAUUCAAUGACACGUAUGCAUUCUCCACCAGAAACAACCAAUCAUUACCCGUUAACAAGAGACAUAUUUCAUGGAAAAGUGACAGAGAGGACAAAUUUGGCCGUGAUGUCUUCCCAAAAAACUUCCAAAAUGGAAGUCUUAUUUUGGUGGUGCACAUCUCAACGAGUCCAUACCAUUAA